GCUUGAAUUUGAAUUCUGGUUUUCAAGAUCUGUAUGAGGACUUCCAGGCUAUGACUGGACAAAGAGGAGAAAACUGAAACCCGUUUAUUAGCAACUUUGCCACGUCAUGGUUGAAAGCGGGUCCCACAGAAAAAGAGGUUUAACAUUUUCUCAUUCUUUUGGUUUUAUUUACCACUCUGCGACCCUCCGCCACAUCACCCUCUCAUUUUCUUUCCCAUUCACAUUCACUCCUCUCUUUCACUCUUCCACUCUUUCCUAUCCCCACACCAAACAAAAAAAAAAUAACAACUAAUGGACCCCACACCCUCCUUCCACCGCCGAUCCUCCUCCUCAUCCUCCCACCGCCUCCUCGGUCGCUACCCCGCCACCGCUGCUGCACCCCCCUCCCCUGCCGAUGAGCUCAGCGAAGCCGAGCUUUUCUGGGCGGCCGAUUCCCCUGAAUCGGAACCCCAACACCACGCGCCCUCGCCCAAGCCUCGCCUCCGUAACUUCGAUCGCCCCGUCGAUUCCGGAAUCCUCGUCGUGCUCACGGAGCCGGAUUCCCGUGGCGGCGUGUUCCGCGGCAAGUCCCCUGUUCAAACCUCCUCGCGCAUGACGAUUCCGUCGCUGCCGAGGCCGCCGGCCUCCGACUACCUUGCGCAGUCCGCACCUUCUAGAAAGUUCCAGCAAUCGGCGCCCGUCAAGGUUCCUAUUCUGAUUGCGGCCGGCGCCUCCAAGCGCCGCAACGCCGACGAAUUCGCGCGCGUGAUCGAUGACGACGAUGAUGACGAGGAGAUGCUGCCGCCGCACGAAAUUGUGGCGAGAGGCUCUGGCGUUUCGCCCAAAACCACUUUUUCGGUGUUGGAAGGAGUUGGGAGAACCCUCAAAGGGAGGGAUCUCCGUCAGGUUAGAAACGCCGUUUUGCGCCAAACCGGUUUUCUUGAUUGAUUAAUUUAAUUUUACUUACUUUCCAUUUCUAUCUCUUUCUCUCUCCCGUUGAGGUGGGGAAGUUAAAUUUUGAUAGCUUCUCUGCACUAUCCAUGAAAGUGAUAGUUUCGCUCCACGUAACUUCGUUUUCGGAUGCUCUUUUUGCUCUGUGCUUGGUAUAGAAUCUGGAAACAUGUUAGUUGAUGGACCAAACUUGGAUAAAGUCUAUCUUUUUUUUUUCUUUUUC